CGAAUAAACGUCGCAGCUACGCAGCAAGAUAGUUUGAAUGAACGUAUUUUGUUAUGGCUACCAGCACCAGUUCGGACGAAAUUAGCAUACCACCAAAAGAUUUUCAUAUUUCGACUUCAUCAGACAGUGGCAGCCGCCUAAGUCCCAACAGACAAAAGUGCCCUUUGUGCGGAAAAUUUCGGAAAACAUUUUACUGCAAGGACUGCGUCCACAGCGGACUUUUUUACACCUCGAAAUCAAAGGCUACAGAAGGAUACGCUGACAAACAAAAAGUUUUAAUAGAGCUUGAAGACAAGAGAAAAAACUUGCAGAACAACUGUCUUAAGUACAUUGAGAAUAGAGCUAAAGCAGAUGUUUUGUGCACCAAGAUUAAACAGAAUAGGGACAAAAAUAGGACUCUUAAAUUGGCAUUGGAGGAGAAAAAGCAGCGUAGAAUUGUGCACAAGGAAAAGCUGAUCAGUUUAAAGCAAAACAAUGAAGAAAGACACAAAAGUCUGCCAAAGUAUGACCAAAAGAUUCAUUCCCUAGAAAGUUACAUUGAAAGAAAGUUUGAGGAGUAUGACAGGAACAGCGAAGCAUUUAAAAAGGGGGAAAUUAAUUUAAAAAAGCUGACAAAGCUUAGGGUGCACCAGCUAUUUAAGUAUAUUUUUCCUAUUACAAAGGUUUCUCCUAAAGUUGAAAUGGAGUCGAGUGAUACUGAUAUGGUGAGUGCUAUUGCUGAUGCUUCAAGAACAACAUAUAUUUCAGAUAGAUGGGAGUAUACAGAUUAUUCUUCGGAAAUGAAAUACUGUAUAGUGGGCCCCACUUUACCAGCUUCAGGAAAUUAUUCUGCUUACAAUAUUUGGGUCGCCCAAAAUAGGGAUGUUCCAAGUCCAAAUACACAAAUUUCAGUUUCUGAUAUACCAGCUUACACAAUAAGUGCAGCUUUAACUUACACAGCACAACUUGUGCAUGUUUUGUCUUUUUAUUUGGAUGUCAGACUGCCUUUUAAAAUGAUUUUAAGUGACAUGGCUCAAUGUCGCAUGACGGAGCAACAGUUCGCUCGGCGUGUUGCCAGACUAAACGCGAAUAUUUUGUAUUUGUGUUUUUUUCAAAACGUCGAUUUGAGCCUUUUGAGGUCAAACGAGACUAUUCAUAAUUUGUUGCAAUUGUUGAAUGAAUCUGCUGACUUGGGAAGACAAGGCCCCAUUGAGCUGGAUUUAGCUCUGGGAAAUGCGUUGGAACAGCCUUUAUCUAAUCAUCUCCAUUUAAGUGAGGAUUCUGAUUCCGAAGAGGAUAAUAUACCAGCUGAAUGGGAGGCGGUGCCUCACGUACAGUCGCCGGAAGUGCAAGCAGGCGCCGGCGCUCUGGUCGCCCAAUCCACGCAGCAGAUGAUGACGACGCAGCAGGCGAGCAGCAUGGCCGGCGGACUGGUCAACAGCGCCGCGGCCAGCAUAGCCAGCAUAUGGCGGGGAUUCACCGGCAGGUAGUUUACCAUCUCACUCACGCUACUCCACUUUUGAUGACGUUCUUUUUUUCGGUUUCUCUGCUUCCAAUUCGCGAUGGUUUUUGAUUUUUAAUGUCUACAUUGGUUUUAUCAUCUAUCGAUAAUUUUAAGGAUUAUUAAUCGACAAAAAUGUAUUAUUUAACUCUAACAAAAGUUUUUUUGCCUCUCUUAAAUUAUUAAAAAUUACCACAAAAAUUACCUAAUUUGGUUUCUGUUUUUUAUUUGAAUUUUGACAGCAGUUUUCAAAUUUUUAAACUUGAAAGAAAACAAAUUGUCAUCCAU